CCCUCUGAUUUUGGGCUCACCACAGCAUUCAGCACUCAUUCAACUGCCAAGAUGACCAGUCUCAAUGCAAAGGACAAGGCGGCAGUCAAAGCCAUCUGGGCUAUAGUGUCUGGAAAGAAAGACGACAUCGGCACCGAUGCUGUGGCCAGGAUGCUGACGGUCUACCCACAGACCAAGACUUACUUCUCCCACUGGAAGGACCAGAGCCCCACCUCUCCUGCUGUGAGGAAGCACGGAGUCAAAGUGAUGGCUGGAGUUGCAGACGCUGUGAGCAAAAUCGACGACCUGAAAGGAGGUCUUUCUGGCCUCAGUGAGCUGCAUGCCUUCACUCUGCGUGUGGACCCUGCCAACUUCAAGAUUCUGUCUCACUGCAUCCUCGUGGUCAUGGCCAUCAUGUUCCCCAAAGACUUCACCCCUGAGGUCCACGUGGCCAUGGACAAGUUCCUGGCUGCUGUGGCUCUGGCCCUGGCUGAGAAGUACCGAUAAACAGCAGGAGAUGACGCCGACUGCAGCAUGAGCUUACAGUGCAUAAUGAUCAAUAAAUGCAUUCAAAGCAA